UUCUUGGUCAAAAGACAAAGCUGGUUAUCAGGCUCUUAUUUACUUUAGCCACCUGUGUUUGUGUCUCAGCAGGAUAGUGCCACCAUUUGCAGGAGAAGACGCAGCAUGGGAAGGGCUCUUCAGACUUGUGCUUUGAUUUGUGCAUUACAAAUUGGGCUUAUUUAUGGAGCGGUGGACAGAUAUGGAGUUUUUAGCAUGAGAUUCCGCGAAUGGCCCAGAGGUCGCACGAGGGGAUUUGGACAUGAGAUAACAAUUCUGACGGAGAACGGAAAAGAAUGCAAAUUUCCUUUCCGUUUUGGUGGGCAGCUGCAUUUCUCAUGUACAUCCAUAGGUCCCGUCUUAAGGAAAUGGUGCGCCACUACACAUAACUAUGAUCGAGACAAGGAAUGGGGAUAUUGUGUAUCUGUCAUAGUUACAGAUGUUCAGGAUCACUGUAUAUGGAACCCGUGUCUAAACGGAGGAACGUGUAAUAAUGCUCUAGACAGGAGCACGUAUUACUGUGUGUGCCCAGACGACUACACGGGAGAGAAGUGUGAAAAAAGAAGGUGUUUUGAUGAAGCUCACUAUGAGUUUUAUGACAGCGGAGAGAGCUGGGCCAGAAUACACCGAGGCAGAGUGGAGCAGUGCACCUGUGACCACGGAGUCAUAGACUGUCACAGAGGAGAGAGAUUCACAGUCUGCACAGAGAAUCCCUGCCUUAACGGAGGUGCCUGUCGACUAAUGAUUUCAACUGGGCAAGCCGUAUGUGCGUGCAGAGGGAAAUACGUAGGAAAAUAUUGCAAUAUAGAUGUCAGCCAUCAGUGUUAUGACCAUGAUAAUGCAACAGAAUACCGAGGUAUAGUUAAAAAGACGCAGUCUGAGCACUACUGCCUUCCAUGGGACUCGGACUUGUUCCACCAAGAAAUCCACACUGGAACCGUAGUGAAUUUUGCGAGUAGAGGACUCGGAUCCCAUGCCUAUUGCAGAAGUCCAGAUAAGGAUGCAAAUCCCUGGUGUUAUAUAAUGAAAGAUAACCACAUAUCCUGGGAAUAUUGCCCUGUACCCUCAUGUCAUGACAAGUCGAGGAGAGUAGUAAUGCAUAAUGAUGAUGAAGUUCUGGCCUCAAAGCCGAAAUGUGGGAAAAAACACGAAAAGAGAGUUGUUGCACGUGGUCGAAUCCUCAGUGGGACAUCGGCAUUACCGGCAUCUCACCCCUGGCUGGCAGCCAUAUACAUUGGGAAUUCUUUUUGCUCUGGAAGCCUGAUUCAGUCCUGUUGGGUGGUCUCGGCUGCUCACUGCUUUGCACACAGCCCCUCAAAGUCUUCGAUCAAGGUAGUCCUUGGCCAGCAUUUCUACAAUCAGACAACAGAUGUGACGCAGACAUUUGAAAUUGAAAGAUAUAUUUUUCAUAGCAAGUAUUCUGUGUUCCAGCCCACCGAGCAUGAUAUUGUGUUAAUAAGACUUAAGAGAGUCAACAAUGUCUGUGCAAAGAGAACUCAGUUUGUUCAACCAAUCUGCCUUCCGGAUGAAGGAGUCACUUUUGAAGAUGGCCAUUACUGUGCAAUAGCUGGAUGGGGCCGCAUGAAAGAAGAUGCAACGGACUACGCUUACGUCCUGCAAGAAGCAGUUGUACCGCUGGUCCCUUAUAGCAAGUGCAGCAGCCCAGAAGUGCAUGGUUUCGAUAUCAGUGAAAACAUGGUGUGUGCUGGAUAUUUUGACUGCAACAUAGAUGCCUGUCAGGGUGACUCCGGGGGAGCUUUGGCUUGUGAAAAGGACAAAAUAUCCUAUCUGUACGGAAUAAUCAGCUGGGGAGAUGGUUGUGGUAGAGUCAACAAGCCAGGAGUUUACACCAGAGUAUCUAACUAUGUAGAAUGGAUCAGGGGCAAAAUCAUGCCAAAAAGAACUGAAGCAGCUACAAAUUAAUGCUUUCAGUGCCAGACCUCGCCAUCGGCCAAACUGAAAGCUGGCGCUGAAAGCUAUAACACAGUAGAAUUUCGAUGUGUUGUAUUUUAAAGGUGCUGUCUAGUGUUCCAUACAGCCCCACCGAUGAAGAAUGCAUAUUAAAUACUUUUGUAAGUAUUUUAAUAUAUAGUCUUUAGUCACUCACUUACCUUGAAGAGAUGCUGCGGCAAACCAGCCCUUCCGUGGUCCAGUCCUUAAAUAUGGAGCAAGAACAUGGCGGUAUCUCCUGCAAGCCUAGAAGCUGGCGAGGCUCCAUGCCACAAUAAAACAUGUGUUAAGAUUCCACAACUUAAUCCUGUCGAUACCACCGUUUGAUUAAAUAAUGUAUUUUCCAGUAAAAGAAAUAGUAUUUUUAGCAAGAAUAACAUUCUAUCCUA